UUUUACUCAUUUGAUUCCUUCCGAAUUAAUGGGGCUUUUUAAUCCAAACUACUUUAACCACAAAAACGAAUAAAAAUAUCCAGUUCCACUUUCCCAAAUUCAAUUAUUGGUGGACUAUGUCACUAUAUAUAUACUAACUCAAGUAAUUCCAAUUCGCUACGUUCUUUUCUUCGACAUAAAACAAAGCAACAAAGAAAAGAGUGGAAAAAAAAUGCUACUAAUUCUUGGUGUUUCAAUCUUACUAUUAAUCUCAGACACUCAAACAACAUGCCAUUGCCAUCCAAUAUUCCCCAUCAAAGAAGCCACAAUCCAACAACUGCAAUCUGCCUUCCACCACAACAACCUCACAUCGAAGCAGCUCGUCCAAUUCUACCUCUCAGAAAUCGCGAGGCUCAAUCCGCUGCUGAAAGGCGUCGUAGAAGUGAAUCCGGAUGCAAUUUCUCUAGCAGAGAGAGCUGAUGAGGAGAGAGAAAGGAAGAGGCGGCGUGGUGAAGAGAGAGAAGGCUCGCUGCCUCCGUUGCACGGCAUCCCAGUCUUGCUCAAAGAUAACAUUGCCACUAAAGAUAAGCUCAACACCACCGCCGGAUCCUACGCGCUGCUGGGCUCCGUCGUUCGCCGCGACGCCGGCGUCGUGGCGAAACUGCGGAAGGCGGGGGCGAUCGUGUUGGGGAAGGCUAGCUUGAGUGAGUGGGCCAAUUUUCGAUCCUUGGUUGCUCCCAAUGGUUGGAGUGGAAGAGGGGGCCAAGGAAAGAACCCGUACGUUCUAUCAGCCGAUCCUUGUGGCUCAAGCAGCGGCUCAGCGAUAUCCGUGGCCGCAAACAUGGCGGCCGUUUCGCUAGGAACCGAGACCGAUGGUUCGAUCCUAUGCCCAUCUAGCUCCAACGCCGUAGUCGGCAUCAAGCCGACUGUUGGCCUCACCAGUCGAGCUGGAGUGGUUCCGCUUAGUCCUAGACAGGACUCAGUCGGUCCAAUGUGUAGGACUGUAUCGGAUGCGGUUUAUCUUCUUGAUGUGAUCGUGGGCCCAGACCCCGGAGAUGAUGUAGCCACCGCGAGGGCUUCAAAAUACAUCCCUCGUGGUGGCUACGCACAGUUUCUGAAGCCGGACGGCCUCAGGGGGAAGAGGCUCGGGAUAGUGAGGGAUCCAUUGCUCACCUUUGGUGACGAGGUUGUCGCCCGAACAUUUGAGCGCCAUCUUGCUACCUUAAGGAAGAAAGGAGCAGUGUUGGUAGACAAUUUGGACAAUGCCAACAUCACCAAAGUCUUUUCUGAUGAAAAUGGUGAACUGAUAGCUUUGUUAGCAGAAUUCAAGAUAGCCUUGAAUUAUUACUUGGGUGAAUUAGUGACUUCCCCAGUUCGAUCCUUGUUGGAUGUGAUCAGAUUCAAUGAGAAGAACUCUGAUUUGGAAAUGAUAAAAGAAUAUGGACAAGAACUUUUCUUGGCAGCUGAAGCAACAAAUGGGGUAGAAAAGGAAGUUCUGAGGAAUCUGAGCCGGCUGUCAGAAUUCGGGUUGGUGAAGACGAUGAAGGAGAAGAAGCUUGAUGCAUUGAUUGGUGGAGGGGACAUUUCUGUGGUUCUUGCAAUAGGUGGAUUUCCUGGGAUUAGUGUUCCUGCUGCUUAUGAUAGCAAAGGAGUGCCUGUUGGGAUAGUUUUUGGUGGGCUCAAGGGUGCUGAGCCUACUUUGAUUGAGAUUGCUUAUGGAUUUGAGCAAGCAACCAAGAUUCGAAAGCCUCCCACAUUUCUACCUUGAGCUAGAUUCUGUUGUUUAGAUAAACUGCAUGCAUUGGGAUAAUCUUGAACGUUUCGAAAGAUGUGGGCUUCUUGAUUAAUUAUGUGCAGGAGUUGGUAAUAAAAAGUCUUUUUUGUUUGAUAAA